AUGGCUGAAUCGAAGACCAGUAGUUGUAUUAUGUGCCAGGAAGUGGACACAUUUGAUAUGGUGCAGUGUGACGUUUGCGACCAGUGGGCGCAUUUCGGCUGCGCUGGUGUAAACGAUAAAAUUAAAGACCAUCCGUGGAGCUGUCUGAAGUGCUGCAAUUCUCUGCAAAUACCAAAGCAGAAGAAAGGUGCUGCUAUCGCUACGGCGAAAAAGACCGCUGACGGAAAGAAGAAUUCGCGAAGUGAAGGUGGUUCGGUGAGCAGUGUUAAUGCGAUACUCGAUGAUUCCCUUGCAAAAUUGCAGGAAGAGAUGGAAGCCAAAGAGAAGGCUAUGGAAAACGAGCGUAUUCUGCGUAAGAAACGGCUCGAAAUGGAACGCGCGCUGAGGGAGAAACAGUUGCGAGUCGAAAGAGAACUUCGCGAGAUGGAGUUGCAGCAAGACCGAGAGUUUCAGGCACGUGAGUUGCAGCAAGAACAGGAAAUGCUAAAUCGGCGCUUGGUGGAGGAAGAAGAGUUUUUGAAAAAACGAAAUAAGUUAAGGCAAAAUUUCGAUGCGGCGAAAGCAGGCCUGGUGCAAAACUAUAGCAAGGUGGACGAAGAGCAUGUAGAAGAAACUGCAGGCAACGACUCAGACGGCGAUUGCGAUGAGAUUCUCAGCCAGAAGGUGGAAAAGUGGCUCGGCGGAAGAAGCUUCGAAUGUGAUGAUAGACGGAAAUCGGUAAAAAAUGUUGCGGUAUCGGAAUUAGUUAGUACGAAGAGAACGACAGGGGUAAAUAACGAAAGAUUCAAAGGACUUUCCGCUCCCUUUAUUGCAUCUCGAUCGGAAGACCUGGCUCGCGAGCAGGCAAUUGGCGGCCAAACCCGCAAAGGGGAUGAUUUGAUACGGCUGACGGCGGAGGAGAAAACGGUUUUGGCAGAUUUCCGCAUGAACCGAAUGAGCAACGGACCAAGGAUGAACGGGCCGGGGAUUGAACCGGCAGGGCUUUCCCAAGCACAAAUUGCCGCCCGGCAAUCCGUUUCUAAGCAGUUACCGGUGUUUAGGGGUGAAGCUGAACUGUGGCCAAUAUUCAUCAGCAGUUACGAAUAUACAACUCAAGCUUGUGGGUUCUCCAAUCUGGACAACCUGAAGCGAUUGCAGGAUUGUUUGAAGGGGGAUGCACUCGAUGCUGUGAGGAGUCGGUUAGUUUUACCCGAUUCGGUUCCCGAUGUCAUUCAUGAUCUACAGAAUUUAUUUGGUAAACCAGAGAAGCUGUUGAAGACGUUACUGGCGAAGGUUCGUCAAGCCAAACCACCGAGGGCUGACCGUUUAGAAUCCUUUAUACAUUUCGGCAUUACGGUCAAGCAGCUCUGCGACCACUUAGAAGCUGCGAAGCUCGUGGAUCAUUUGAGCAACCCCAUGUUGGUCCAAGAGCUUGUGGAUAAGCUCCCUCCAAACUACAAGCUGGAUUGGGUCCGCUACAAACGGAACCAAGUCGGCACUCCGUUAAGGAUCUUUACCGAAUUCAUGAACGGUAUUGUUUCCGAUGUCUCCGAGGUCAGUGAAUUCUCCACUCACGAUCUUUACGAUCACAGUGAACGUUCCGCGCGAGCGAAGCAGAACAAGAAGGAGUUUGUCCACGUCCACAACUCCUUCCCCGGCAAAAGGGAAACGACGCCGAAUGUGAAGAGUGAAAAGCCGUGCUGGGUGUGUAAGAGGACUGAUCACAAGAUCAGAUUUUGCGAUGAUUUCCGAAAAUUAAACAUCGCAGAACGUCUGAAGCUGGUCGAAAGGUUCAAGUUGUGUGAACUGUGCCUUAAUAACCAUGGAAAGAGCCGCUGCAACUUUAAGAUUCGCUGCAACGUAGGAGACUGUCAAGGAGGACAUAAUCCGCUUUUGCACCGUUCCGAAGAAACUGUCCAGAUAAUGGAGGUCCAGUGUAAUGCCCACAACCGCCUAAAUCGCUCCGUGUUGUUUAGGAUGCUACCGGUUACGCUUCACGUCGGGAACCGAGGACUGGAUAUCCUUGCAUUUUUGGAUGAGGGGUCCUCCAUUACCCUGGUCGAGGAUUCUAUCGCCAACAAGUUGAAGAUCAACGGAACAGCUGAGCCGCUAGUCGUCACAUGGACUGGGAACAUGAAGCGCUUCGAGAACGGUUCUCGGAAAGUGGAUCUGAUGGUAUCCGCUAGAGGCUCAACCGAGCAGUUCCCGCUACGAGAAGCUCGCACCGUUGCGGAACUCAUUUUGCCUAAACAGGAGAUGCAAUUCCGCGAGAUCGCGGCACGCUAUCCCCACUUACAGGGCCUACCGGUUGAGGAUUAUGAUGCAGAAGAACCGAAAAUGAUGAUCGGGUUGGACAACAUGCACGUAUUCGCUCCGCUCGAAUCUAGGGUUGGUAGACCGGGCGAGCCUAUCGGUGUUCGGUCGCAAUUAGGUUGGACAGUCUACGGACAGGAGAACCAGUGUUCGUUGUCGAGUGCGGUGGUGAAUUUUCACGCAGUGGAGCCAGUGAGCAACCAGGCGUUGCACGAUAUGAUUCGCAGCCAAUACGUGAUGGAGGAAGCAGGAGUUACACCGGCCGGAAUUCCGGAGUCGGCCGAAAACGAACGUGCUCGUGAGAUUCUUCAAAGUACGACGGUUCGUGUUGGAUGUCGUUUCGAGACAGGGCUCCUGUGGCGCGAUGACGAGCGGAAGUUCCCUGACAGCUAUCCGAUGGCUGUGCGCAGGAUGCAAGCAUUGGAGAGGAAGCUAUUAAAAAACGAGGCGUUGCGGCAGAAUGUGGAGAAGCAGAUCACCGACUAUCAAUUAAAGGGUUACGCGCACAUUGCUACGCCGGCUGAACUCGUCGACACCGAUCCAGCAGCAGUAUGGUAUCUACCCCUUAACGUUGUGACGAACCCUAAGAAGCCGGGAAAGGUGCGCCUUGUGUGGGACGCAGCUGCAACAGUAAACGGCGUUUCCCUGAAUACAGAACUGUUAAAGGGGCCUGACAUGCUGACGUCACUCCCGGCAGUAAUUCAACGCUUUCGUGAGCGUAGCGUCGGGUUUGGUGGUGACAUACAGGAAAUGUACCACCAGAUCCGGAUCAGAGCGGAGGAUAAACAGGCGCAACGGUUCCUGUAUCGUCCUUCAAGUAACGACAAACCGCAGGUGUUCGUCAUGGACGUGGCGACUUUCGGAUCGACUUGCUCACCUUGCUCUGCGCAAUUCAUCAAGAACUUAAACGCAGAGGAGCACGCGGAGCAGUAUCCGGAAGCGGCGGUAGCGAUUGUGAAAAACCAUUACGUCGACGACUAUUUCGACAGUCUAGACACGGCUGAGGAGGCAAUUAGGAGAGCCCAGGAGGUGAAAGCUAUCCAUUCCCGUGGCGGUUUCAACAUCCGAAACUGGGUCUCAAAUUCGUCGGAGUUUCUGCAAGAGAUGGGAGAGCAACGCGACAGCAGCGCGGUGCACUUUCACCAGGACAAGCAAGCCGAAACAGAACGGGUGCUCGGGAUCGUCUGGGAUUCUAAAGAAGAUGAGUUUUCCUUCUCCACCAUCACCAAUGCAGGAUUCCAGUCGAAGAUCUCAGGUGAAGUGCGGCCAACGAAGAGGAACGUUCUCAGCUGCGUCAUGGCGAUGUUCGAUCCGUUGGGCCUACUAGCACCGUUCACGAUAUCCGGGAAAAUGUUGAUUCAAGACUUGUGGAGGACCGGGUGUGAAUGGGAUGAGCAAAUCGACGACGAAUCGAUGGAGAAAUGGAUGCGGUGGGUUGAGUUGCUGCCGACGAUUGCGGAGAUCAGGAUUCCGCGAAGCUAUUUCGGGAAAGUGCACUCUCAACAAGUGAAAGACCUGCAGCUUCAUAUAUUCACCGAUGCUGGAGAGAAGGCGUACGGGUGCGUAGGAUAUUUUCGUGCUAUCGUCAACGAAGAGAUCGUUUGUGUGCUGGUGAUGAGUCGUACCAAGGUUGCCCCGCUGAAGCAACUGAGUAUUCCACGGCUAGAACUGCAGGCCGCAGUGCUGGGCGCCAGGUUAGUGCGCACCAUUCAAGAGAGCCACAGUUACAAGAUCCAGCAAACGUUCCUCUGGACCGAUUCGCGGACGGUCUUGUCUUGGAUUAGAUCGGAUCAGCGGAGGUAUAAGCCAUUCGUCGGUUUUCGCAUUGGAGAAAUCCUCAGCCGUACGAAUCUGUGCGAUUGGCGUUGGACACCGACGAAACUAAACGAGGCAGACAGACUUACGAAGUGGAGGCGUGAUGCAGAGUUGGAAUCGAAGAGUAGCUGGUUCAAAGGGCCCAGUUUUUUGUACCAAGACGAGGCGAACUGGCCGCAGCAAACUGCGCCGGUCAACACGAACGUAGAGCUCCGGGCGCAGUUCCUGUUUCAUGACGUGGUUGUGCAGGACACUCUGGUCGACGUUCAUCGGUUCUCCAAAUGGAAUGUGUUAGUGAGAACGGUGGCUUGCGUAUGCAGAUUUGGGUCCAACUGUCGAAGGCGGAUGAAGGGCGAUCCGAUCGAAACCUUGAAGGCGACGAAGAACCAGGCGAAGUCGUUGAUGUCGGUGAGGUGGUCAGCAGUACGUACACCGUUGAAGCAGGAGGAAUUCGAGCAGGCGGAGCGGUAUCUAUUACGAGCGGUUCAGGCCGAAGCGUUCGGGGAUGAGUUGAAAACCUUGUUGAAGAAUCGAAACAGACCUACGAGUGAGUGGAUAGUCUUGGAGAAGUCGAGCCCACUGUACAAGUUGACGCCACUGGUCGACGAAAACGACGUGAUUCGGAUGGAAGGACGUACGGAGAAAGCCGAAUUCUUACCAUUCGAUCUGCGCUUCCCGGUGAUUCUACCGAGAGACCACCAUGUGACGGAGUUGAUCGUGCAGCACUACCACGAACGCUUCGGGCACGGUUAUCGAGAGACGGUUAAAAACGAGAUACGGCAGCGGUUCUACAUUCCAAAGGUCGGUACGGUGGUGUACAAAGUAUCGAAGGCGUGUCAGUGGUGUAAGGUUCAUCAUAGUCGUCCACGGGUCCCGAGGAUGGCAGCUUUACCGGUACAGCGUUUGCAACCCUAUCGGCGACCGUUCAGUUUCACCGGAAUAGACUACCUGGGCCCAGUUAACGUUACGGUAGCGCGUCAUAGCGAAAAACGCUGGAUAGCCGUUUUCACCUGUUUCGUGACACGCGCUGUUCACCUGGAAGUGAGUGCUAGCCUGACCACACAGUCGUGUUUAAUGGCUAUUCGUCGCUUCAUGCAUCGUAGAGGGCCACCGCAAGAGUUCUUCUCCGACAACGGGACUAACCUGAAAGGUGCAAGCAAGGAGCUGACAGGGAUGAUCAACGAUAUCAACAGCGACUGCGCGGACGAGUUAACCGACGCGCGGAUGCAGUGGUCAUUCAACCCACCAGCUGCCCCCCACAUGGGUGGGGUAUGGGAGCGAUUGGUCAGAUCGGUUAAGGAGGCGUUGGAAGCAUUGAACGACGGGAAGCGGUUGACAGAUGAAAUUCUACACACGUCUGUAACAGCAGCAGAAGAUAUGAUUAACUCGAGGCCGCUGGUGUACGUUUCGCAGGAGACAGUUGAGGCAGAAGCACUCAGUCCGAACCACUUUCUGCGAGGUGUUUCACCGAACGAGCCACAGAUGGUUCCCCCUCCACCGCACCCUGCUGAAGUGUUGCGGGAUGCAUAUAAGCGUUCGCAGGAGUUGGCGCAGGAGAUGUGGGGCCGAUGGAUCAAGGAGUACGUGCCGUCGUUGAACCAGCGGUCGAAAUGGCACGGUGAAGCGAGAGUGCUGAAGAAAGGCGACCUAGUCUACGUAGUCGAGGGGUCCAAGCGAAGAUCCUGGGUACGUGGAAGAAUCGAGGAGGUCAUCCCGGCGAGUGACGGCCGCGUUCGGCAGGCCUUGGUCCGGACGAGUAGCGGUUUGUUUCGGCGAGCUGUGGCGCAGUUGGCUGUGAUCGAGGUUGGCGAAGAAGAUGGUGGUAAAGCCAGACCGGAAGUGGCCUCCGGACUAGGUUUACGGGCCGGGGAAAUGUUGGGAGCACUGCACUGA